AUGGAAGAAUGUCGAGCUGCCUCGACACCACUCGAACACGGGCUAAAAUUGUCAAAAGAAGAUAGCGCCAAGUCACCAGACGAAAAGGCAAGGAUGAUCAACGUGCCAUACCGGCAACUCAUAGGAUCGCUGAUGCACUUGGCGCUGUAUACGCGACCAGACAUCAUGCACGCAGUAACGAAGCUAUCGCAAUACAACACAGAUCCUGGCCAACUACAUUGGAAUCAAGCCAAGCACAUAUUGCGCUACCUGAGCGGAACCAGAGACUACGCCCUAUCAUACCGUGCCGAGAAGGCACCUGCAAUUCAGAUCUACAGCGACACUGACUGGGCAGGCGACCUCGACGAUAGACAUUCGUACUCAGGAACGGUCGUCGCCUUGGGCCAGAGCGUGAUCCAGUGGAGAUCGGCGAAACAAAAGAGUAUCACCACUUCAAGCAUGGAGGCGGAAUACGUCGCAUUAUCUACAGGAGUGAAGGAAGCCAUUUGGAUCCAGAUGUUCAUCACCGAACUGGGUAUGUCAGAACUACUUCCUCAAACCAGUGAAUUGCGAUGCGACAACCGAGCGGCGAUAGACUUCUCGAAGAACUGCGUCGAGAAGGGGCAUACGAAGCAUAUCGAUAUUGCCCAUCAUUUCGUACGCGAAAAACUAGACGAAAAGACAAUCACAUUGUCUUACAUCGCAUCGAACGAGAAUCCGGCGGACAUCAUGACGAAGCCACUACGACGGGUUGCACAUCAAGGAGGAGUGCAUAAACUUGGAUUGAACGUCGCAAAAGUGGGGGAUUGA